GUCAAGGGGUGUGGUUGUCGCCCGGCUCCGAAGCGGCCGCAAGAGAAAAGGCUGGAAGCUCGGCUUGCCGCGGCCCUGCCGGCGCGUCGAACUGCGAGGAUGUGCUAAUUGCAGCCGACACGCGGGUCACGAGACCGGCACGCCGAGAUGCCGAUGCUUCCUAUUCGCCACACACCGCAAACCAUUACCCCCAGGAAAUUCUGCUUCAGGAUUUUAUUACCCCCAGAAAACUGGCCAGCGUUGCACUCGUCAACGAACGUGCGACCACCAGCGCCCCCGUGGCUGCGUCCAGGCGCGCAGGUGCGCAGAGGAGAAAAAAAUUCCUUGACUAAUUUCCCCUCGCUUGAUUCGUGGUUGCGUGGCGGCCGAGUCCGCGGCUGCGGAUGAAAAAUCUGUCCUCGUGGUCAGGGCAGCGUGAUCUCGCCCAAGCCUUGUGCAAUUAGUCAAGCACCCGAAUGUUCGGGUUUAUAUAUAUGACCCGUCCCUUACCCCAGGAAGGCACGAAUC